GCGGAGAAGGGUUCCCAGGGCCGGAAGUCCUGGGGGAGGGACGGUUUAGAAAGCCUAUAAAAGCCCCUGGGGAGGACCUGCUUCCUCACCCCGCAGCCGCAGCCAGCGCCAGGACCCCUGCUCCUCUGCCAGGAAGCAUGUCUCUCCAAGUUGAGCACCCCGCCAGUGGGUACAGGAAACUCUUCGAAACCGUGGAGGAGCUGUCCUCGCCGCUGACAGCGCACGUCACAGGCAGGGUCCCACUGUGGCUCACCGGCAGUCUCCUCCGUUGUGGACCGGGUCUCUUUGAAGUGGGAGCUGAGCCUUUUUACCACCUGUUUGAUGGGCAAGCCCUUCUGCACAAGUUUGACUUCAAAGAAGGACAUGUCACGUACUACAGAAGGUUCAUCCGCACCGAUGCCUACGUCCGUGCCAUGACCGAGAAAAGGAUUGUCAUAACGGAAUUCGGGACCUAUGCUUACCCAGAUCCCUGCAAGAACAUAUUUUCCAGGUUUUUUUCUUACUUUCGAGGAGUGGAGGUGACCGACAAUGCCCUUGUGAAUAUCUACCCAGUGGGGGAAGAUUAUUAUGCCUGCACAGAGACCAACUUCAUUACCAGGAUUAAUCCAGAGACCCUGGAGACCAUCAAGCAGGUUGAUCUUUGCAACUACGUCUCAGUCAAUGGAGCCACCGCUCACCCCCACAUAGAAAAUGACGGAACUGUUUACAACAUUGGCAAUUGCUUUGGGAAAAACUUUUCCAUUGCCUAUAAUAUCAUCAAGAUCCCUCCGCUGCAAGCGGACAAGGAAGACCCAAUCAGCAAGUCAGAGAUCGUUGUCCAGUUCCCCUGCAGCGACCGAUUCAAGCCGUCUUACGUCCACAGCUUUGGUCUGACUCCCAACUACAUUGUUUUCGUGGAGACACCAGUCAAAAUUAACCUGUUCAAAUUCCUGUCUUCCUGGAGUCUGUGGGGAACCAACUACAUGGACUGCUUUGAGUCCAACGAAACCAUGGGGGUCUGGCUUCACAUCGCUGACAAGAAAAGAAAGAAGUACCUCAAUAACAAAUACAGGACCUCCCCUUUCAAUCUCUUCCACCACAUCAACACCUACGAAGACCGUGAGUUUCUGAUCGUGGACCUCUGCUGCUGGAAAGGAUUUGAAUUUGUUUAUAAUUACUUAUAUUUAGCCAAUUUACGUGAGAACUGGGAAGAGGUGAAAAAGAACGCCAGCAAAGCUCCUCAGCCUGAAGUCAGGAGAUACGUGCUUCCCCUGAACAUCGAUAAGGCCGACACAGGCAGGAACCUGGUCACACUGCCCAACACCACAGCUACUGCCAUCCUGCGCAGCGAUGACACCGUCUGGCUAGAGCCCGAGGUCCUCUUCUCAGGGCCUCGCCAGGCGUUUGAGUUUCCUCAAAUCAAUUACCGAAAGUACAGCGGGAAACCUUACACAUUCGCUUACGGACUUGGCCUGAAUAACUUUGUUCCCGACAGGCUCUGUAAGCUGAAUGUCAGAACUAAAGAAACCUGGGUGUGGCAGGAGCCAGAGUCCUACCCAUCAGAGCCCAUCUUUGUUUCCCACCCAGAUGCCUUGGAAGAAGACGAUGGUGUGGUUCUGAGUGUGGUGGUGAGCCCAGGGCCCGGACAAAAGCCAGCCUCGCUGCUGAUCCUGAACGCCAAGGAUCUGAGUGAAGUGGCCAGGGCUGAAGUGGAGGUGAAUAUCCCUGUCACCUUUCAUGGACUGUUCAAAAAAGCCUGAGAAUGUUCCAGCAGGAUCUAUUUCCGGUGAAAAAGAAACCUGAAAACCAGCUUCAAGUCUAUAGUCUAACUCUGAUCAGUUUUAUCCCACUGUGUGCAGCAGGGUUUUACCCUGCACAAAUUUUACAGAGUUUCACAGAAAAUACUGGCCGAGGUAAAUGAAUAAUUCCUUUUUUAAAAGUGCAUAUUUAAAUAAUUAUGCUAUCUCGGUGAGACAGAUAACUGAAAACUUCUUUUAAAUAUCUUGCUGUCAAAUAAAUGAAUGUAAACUUGCUAA